AUGGCGUUGCAGAAUGCCCUUCGAGAGACAAAGCGGCAGCAUACAAAUGAGGGCACUGCUGUGCCAGCCAGGGCUGAGGAUGAUUCUGGAACUGUCUUUUCCAAAGUGGUUGGAGCAAAUGCCUUAUUGACCAAGGGCUCUCAUGGGCUUAGCCUCUGCAAGGUGCUGCGGGAGCUACAGAAAGAACAAAGGAAUACAGUUUCUCUAUAUUCAUCAAACAAAAGGGAACGAUCAAAGCAGGAACUUCUUCACCAAAUCCUGGACACAGUCUUUGCUUUUCCAAAUCAGUUACAAAGCCCAAACAUCUCCACUCUACACAACAUGCAGCUUCGAGUAACUGUGGCAGGCCCAGGACGGGGACCAGUCACUGCAGUGAUUCACAUUAAACAGCAGCUUGUAGCACCCAGAGAGGAAAACCUGGCUCAUGUCAGUGUCAUAUCAUCCAGGAAUACUGGCCAGCAAGCUGUGCUGAAGUUUGCUGCUGGAGCCACUCCUAUUGCUGGCUGCUUCACUCCCAGAGCCUUCACUAACCAGAUCCAGGCAGCCUUCUGGGAGCUGAGAUUUCUCGUGGUUACUAAUCCAAGGACUGACCACCAGCCUCUCAGAGAGGUGUCUUAUGUUAACCUGCCUACCAUUGUUCUGUGUAACAGAGACUGUCCUCUGUGCUAUGUGGACAUUGCCAUCCCUUGCAAUAAAAAGGGAGCUCACUCAGUGGGUCUGAAAUUGAUGCUGACCUGGGGAGUUCUGUGCAUGUGUGACACCAUUUCCCAUGAACAUCCAUGGAAGGUCAUGCCUGAUGUCUACUUAUACAGAGACCCUGAAGAGAUUGGAAAGGAAGAGCAGGCUGCUGCUAAAAAGGCUGUGACCGAAGAGGAAUUUCAGGGUGAAUGGACUACUCCAGCUCCUGAGUUUAUGAUUCAACUUGAAGUCACAGACUGGUCUGAGGGCAUGCAAGUUUCCUCUGUCCCUAUUCAGCGGUUCCCUACUGAAGACUGGAGCACUCAGUCUACCACUGAAGACUGGUCUGCAGCUCCCACUCCUCAGGCCACUGAGUGGGUAAGAAUAACCACUGAGUAGUCUUAAGCUGGUCUUCCACAAAGGCAAAUAAAAUGAAAUAAGGUUGAUGGAAAAGGAACAGUUUCUUUAAAAAACAAUUAGCUCAUUGGCCUCAUCAGAUUAAGAAUCCUUUGGGGCGCCUGGGUGGCUCAGUCGGUUGAGCGUCUGACUUUGGCUCAGGUCAUGAUCUCGUGGUCCUUGGGUUCGAGCCCCGCGUCAGGCUCUGUGCUGACGGCUCAGAGCCUGGAGCUUGUUUCAGAUUCUGUGUCUCCCUCUUUCUCUGACUCUCCCCUGUUCAUGCUCUCUGUCUCAAAAAUAAAUAAAUGUUAAAAAAAAAAAUUAAAAAAAAAAAAAGAAUCCUUGACCUCAGUGGAUAUUGCGGCACUGUCUGUUGAAAGCAAGAAAAGACUGAAGAUGAGGUCAGUCCCUUCCCAGGGGAAGGCUGUGGCUGCCUAUCAAGGGGUCUCAUAGGUAGUAUCCCCUUGACCACCUUCCAAAUUUUAUUGUUUAUGCUCAUCAGGAUCUCAGAAGUUUCCAGAAUUCAAGGUCACUUGAAUCAGGCAAAACCAUAAGUUUACUCAAUAGUCAACUUACAAAUUUACAGUGGGAG